AUGCCAGUGGAGGAAGGCUGGGUUUAUGGCCAGAAGCCGAAGGAGCCGGAGGCGCCGCCGGACCUGGAGAGUCUGUUCGAAGCUGCUGGGGUACCAGACAAACUCACGAAUGGACAACCACCUUUUUCUCCAGAAUGGUAUGCAGGAGCCAAAGAUAGGCAGAGGGUGCGUGAUCUGGAGAUCGAGCAGAUCAUGAGCCAGCGCAAUGAUGUGCGGCAUCAAUGGGCCGAAUUGAUGUGGACGGACUUGACUAUUUGGCGCGACCGAAUAGAUUACACAGCUGCUCUACCGGAACCGCUUGCAGAUCUGCAAGCGCUGCUUGCUCGAACCAAGCACGAGCGCCCAGAUGACGUUGCCCGGUUCGAAGAGAUCCAGGAGAUUGCUGCUAGAGCCGGUGUCCGACAAGUUCAAGUCAGGAUGCACUUGGUUGAAGCAAAAGAGCAGAUGAUGGACAUCGAGGGCAAGGUACGCUCGAAGGAAGCGGAGGAUGAGGCGGCUGAAAAGGAUCGGCUGGAAAAGAAGAGGCUGGCAGAGAAGCGUCGGCGUCGUGCCGAAAGGGUCCUGAAGCGCAAUGAAGCUCUGCUUGCUGGCGAGGAGCCUCCGCCUCUAAUCGAAGACUCCGAAGAAGAAGGUAUCCAGUCUAGAGACGAUCCCAAGGAUUCGAUGCAGGAGCUGAUAGAAGCAUCCCCUCAAGGGAUGCGAACAAGGAGCUCCAGAAGUGAGGAUUCUCCAGCGGCGCACUCCCUUGCAAAUUCGCUUUCGCCGCCACCUCUGCAAAGAGGCGGUUUGGCUCGUGAGCUGCCCCCGUUGCAAGACCCGCCUCUGCCUCCCUUGGAUUGA